AUGGAUCUUCAAUUUUGCCUGAUCUCUUUUUUGCUUGCGUCACUUUUACUUUACUUCCUUUCCAGCCGCAACAGCCGCCAACUACCACCCUCUCCACGGUUGCGGCUUCCAAUUAUUGGGCACAUGCACCUCUUGGGACCCCUCCUCCACCAGUCCUUCCACCGUCUCUCCCUCAGUUACGGACCCUUGUUCUCUCUUCACCUUGGUUCCGUUCCCUGCGUUUUCGUUUCCUCCCCUCACUUCGCAAAGCAAUUCCUUCAAAACAACGAGCUUGCAUUUAGCUGUCGCAUUGUAAACAACGCCGUAAAAUGUUUCAAUUACGAGUGUUCUCUUGCUUUUGCACCCUAUGGUGACUACUGGCGCUUCAUGAAGAAGCUGUGCAUGAACGAGUUAUUGAGCUCUCGUAGCGUCAACAACUUCCAACACUUGCGUGCACAAGAGACUCGCAGACUUAUAAGGUUAUUGACCCAGAAAGCUAAGGCUUGUGAAGCCGUGAAUGUGACGGAGGAGUUGCUUAAGUUGACAAAUAGCAUUAUUUCUAGGAUGAUGUUGGGGGAGGUAGAGGAAGUAUGCGAUGUGGUGCGUGAUGUCACCCAGAUCUUCGGGGAGUUUAAUAUUUCGGAUUUCAUUUGGUUGUUUAAGAAUUUUGACAUCCAGGGGUUUGGGAAACGGACAGAGGAAUUGUAUCAGAAGUAUGAUACGUUGGUGGAAAGGGUUAUUAGCAAACGCGAGGAGAUGAGGAAAAACAAAGCGGUGGAGAAUGGAGGGAGUGGGAGGGAUGAGGCUGAGUUCAGAGACUUUCUUGAUAUUUUGCUUGAUUGUGCCCAGGAUCAGAGCGCCGAGGUGAAAAUUAACAGGAGUCACAUCAAGGCCUUAGUCAUGGAUUUCUUCGCUGCAGGGACGGAUACCACGUCCAUUUCAACAGAAUGGGCAUUAGUGGAACUCAUCAAGAACCCUUCGUCCCUAAAACAAGCUCGAGAAGAGAUCGACAACGUCGUGGGAAAGAAUAGACUUGUUGAAGAAUCCGAUUGUGCAAAUCUACCUUACCUCCAAGCCAUUGUUAAGGAAGCAUAUCGUAUACACCCACCAGUGCCUUUGGUUGUUAGAAGAUGUGUGACAGAAUGUAAGAUUGAAAAUUAUGUCAUUCCAAAAGACGCACUAGUCUUUGUGAAUGUUUGGGCCAUUGGAAGAGACCCAAAUAAUUGGGACAAUCCAUUGGAGUUUCGUCCUGAAAGAUUCUUAAAUCUUGGCGAAGGGGAUUCCACUCCCAUGGAUGUAAGGGGUCAGCAUUUUCAACUUUUGCCAUUUGGGUCUGGCAGGAGGAUGUGCCCUGGAGUAAAUCUAGCCAUGCAGCUAGUGCCAGCACUGCUUGGGGCUAUUAUCCAGUGCUUUGAUUUUCAGGUGAUGGAUUCCAAAGGUGUGGUUCUGAAGGGUGAUAAUAUGGUGAUUGAUGUGGAUGAGAGGCCAGGUUUGACGGCUCCAAGGGCUCAUGACUUGGAGGGUGUUCCUGUUGAAAGGUUCGGCUGCAAACCACUUGAAAUGCUUGGAAGCUAAUUCAUCUU